AUGUCAUCUUAUUCUUCCACUUUGACAGCGACAUUGUCAGCUACAAGCUCGACGUUGAGCUUGGACGACACACCUCGUUCCCGCUUUAUCGAUCCACCUGCACAUAAAAGCACAAUUCAGCGACUAAAUGACGACUGCCUCGUUGAUGUAUUCUACCACCUCGCAUUCUCACCACUCCGUUCGCCGUCUCGCAUCAUACGGAACCCACGAUUCCCGCGAAUGGUCGACAUUGAGGUUCAACCCCACCAAAACCUCGACUUGCUGGCCUGUAUCCAGGUGUCAAAGGCGUGGUAUGCCCUAGCGAUUCGGGCGUUGUAUGCGACGUUGGUGGUGAGGAUGGGUGAGAGGGACAAAUGGUUUGAGCGCAUUCCACUCUCGGUGCAUGCGUGCAAGGAAGGUGAAGCUGAAGACUCUUAUCAGAGUAGACUGGGAGACGAGCAACGUCUUUGGGCGAGGAGAAGACACUGGGUUCAAAAAGUCUUUGUCGUGGGAGGUGGCGACUUUAUGCUCAUGGGUCUACCGAUUAUGGACGUAUGGAUCCUCUUCCCCAACAUUCACGACGUGUCAAUUGUAGGACAUGGGCCACCUGUCGGCGGGCUGCUUUCGUCGUCGGUCUUCCAGCAGCUGGAUGCGAACCCGUGUGGAGCUGGGAUCCUUGGGCGGAUCACUUCACUUUGUAUUGCUGGGACGGUGGCGUGUACGAUGCAAGAGGCGGAGAGGAGGCAGAACGUGGUGGAGUUGAUGGAGUUGCUCGUGCGAUUGCCAAGGCUGCAGUCUCUCGAGCUGCAGGGCUAUCACUAUUCGAUAUUGGCAUGUUCAUCACCCUCGCCAACACCAGCCUCGGCGUCAGGUCUGGCCACGCCCCACGCUGUUUCAAUACUCGCAAGCCGAGAACCACCAGCCUUUGCUUUGCAUUCACUGCGAGUCGCAGACUGCACCUUUUCGAUAGAUAUCCUCUGGUGGAUCGUAUCUGGGAGUUUGGAGACGCUAGAAAGUGUCUACGUACCGGCUGGAGUUAUCGUGGAGGGACCCAACACCUCGACAUUGAUUAACAUUGAUGCCCAGGGUGAGAAGAGGGACCGAGUUGAAGACAUGGGCAAGCGUGACAAGGAGAGGUGGUUGGCGUCGCUUACUGGCAGACGCGUCGAGAGGCUGUCAGUGUAA